UGACUUUCGCACAAAUAUAUCACCUUAAAAAUUUAAUGAUUAUUUAAAACAAAUAAUUCAAUGAAGAAAAUAUUCAUCUUGAUGAUUUAAAUUUUUAUUUUAAAAAAAAGAUACAAACAUAUUUACAUUAAAUAAAUUUAAUAAAUCUAAUAAUUAUAUGCUUGUAUGCAUUCAGAUAAAUGGACAAUCAAUGAAGAUGCACACACACACACACACACACAAAAUAAUAAUAUUGAUUGGUCUAUUUGUUAAAAUCGUGUGAUCAGAUUUCAAAAGUUUAAACUAUCCUAUUGGUAAAUUUAAACACAAAUGAUGAUUUUUUUUUUGUUUUGUUUGACUACACACUUGAUAGAAAUAUUGAUUGAGGUCAAUUAUUUUUUUUUUGCAAAUGACAUCGACUAGAUAAUUGAACUUACAAUUAAAAUCAUGCAAAUUUAAAUGAUGGAUCUAUUGAAUAAUAAAGGGUAUCAUAAAUCUAAUUAAUAAUGAUACAAUUUCAUUGAAACUAUUCAUUCUCAUCACAACUGUCUAAAACAGCUAAUAAGCUCAAAUAGUCCACAGCCAUUUGAUAGUAGCCAAAUCACAUCUCCUGAAGAUACUCAAUUUAGUACAUCAAUGCCAACACACUCUUCAAACAUGUCCGAUUUUCCAGACAGUAAACUAUUUCACAAUCAUACAAUUGAUCACACAGAUCUACCGGUUACAACAGAUGGAUCUUUUGAAGCAUUUAAAAUAUUGAACGAUCCUCUAGAUCAUAAUUACACUCAAACUGAAGAUCAUAUGCAAUAUCGUUCAUUACAUGAUACAAUACAAGAUGGGAAAUUUCCAUAUACAAAAAUGAAUUCGCGAACAAUCUCUGAAAAUACAUCCAAUAAUAGUAUUCAACCUACAAAUAUUGAAAAAAGUUACAACCAAGUCAAAAGUACAAUGAGUAAAAAACAAACAUUAACAAAUUUUGAUGAAUAUCCACCAACACCCGGUGGUUCAUUCAGUCAACGAGAAAAAAUAAGUGUAAAAAUUCAAAAGACACUCUGUAGUAAACCAGUGAUAAAAACAAUACUUGAUGAUGUAAGUGGAAUUCUUCGACCCGGAAUGAAUGCCCUUAUGGGACCAACUGGAAGUGGAAAAUCUUCGCUUCUAGAUGUAUUAGCUGGUCGUAAAGAUCCGAGAUUUCUUUCUGGAAAAGUUUUAAUUGACGGUAGACCUCAACCGAAAAACUUCAAGUGUAUUUCCGGUUAUGUUGUUCAGGAUGAUAUUGUAAUGGGAACCUUAACAGUAAGAGAGAAUUUAAGUUUUUCAGCAGCCCUACGAAUGACUAUGCAUUGUACAACAGAAGAAAGAAAUCAAAAGGUCAACGAUAUCAUUGACGAGUUGGGUUUAAAUGCUGUAGCGGAUAGUAAGGUUGGGACUGAAUUAGUUCGUGGAGUAUCAGGUGGUGAACGUAAAAGAACUAGUAUUGGAAUGGAACUUAUUACAGAGCCACCAGUACUGUUUUUAGAUGAACCAACUACGGGGUUAGAUGCAUAUAUGGCAGGCCAAGUCGUAAAAACACUUAAAGCUUUAGCCAAGCGUGGUCGUACGAUCAUAUUUUCUAUACAUCAACCUAAAUAUUCAAUUUACAAAUUAUUUGAUACGUUAACUUUAAUCUAUCGAGGUCAAAUAAUUUACCAUGGAUUGGCAAAAAAAGAACCAAUACGUUAUUUUGGUCGUUUGGGUUAUGUUUGUGAAAAUCAUAAUAAUCCGCCAGAUUUUUUCAUGGAUGUUAUACAUGGUGAAUGUUUGCGUCAACAUGGAAAUACGUCAGAUGUCCAAAUUAUGGACCAUCAUGAUACUCAAGAAAGAAUGCAUUUAGUUGGACAACAACUUAUUCAAGACUGGCAAACUUCUGAAAUGGCUCAACAUGUGUUGGAAGAAGUUAGCUCGAUCGCUAAUCGAUUGGAAAAAUAUGAAAAUGGUUCAAAAAAGAGCAAAGAUAAUGCUGUAGAUAUAUCAUUUGCUGCAUCAUAUAUUCGACAAAUCAGUAAAGUGUGUUGGAGAUCAAUACUGAAUCUAUUACGAGAUCCUCUAGCAUCAGUGAUACAAACUAUUGUUUAUUUAUUUUUUGCAUUAUCCAUGGGUAUAGUUUAUUUUCAAAUGAAUGAUUCUUUGGAAUCUGGUAUACAAAAUCGUACUGGAUUAUUUUAUUUUUGUACAUUACAAGUGAUAUUUGUAAAUUUGGCUACAAUUGAGUUAUUUAUUAAAGAACGUGUACUUUUUAUACAUGAAAGUUCAAGUGGUUAUUAUCAAGUCUCAGUAUACUUUUUCUCUAAAAUUCUCUGUGAUAUAAUACCAACUAAAGUACUACCUAUAUUAUUCUUUAUGCCAAUAUGUUAUUGGAUGGCUGGUUUACAGAAAACAUUUGGAGCUUUUAUGUUUUUCGAAUUACUUCUAUGCCUUACAACGUUAGCCGCUGCUGCAAUUGCUUUGUUUAUAUCAGCAAGUGUUACAGUCUUUGGAUUGGCUAAUGCUAUAAUAUCGAUUAUUUAUGUAUUUAUGAUGGUUUUUUCUGGUUUCUUAAUCAAUUUAAAAUCUAUGGCUGUUUGGCUUAGUUGGCUUCGUUACUUCUCUAUAUUUCGUUACAGUAUGGGCGGUUUACUGAUUAUGGAAAUGACAACACUUCGAUUUUGUCCUAUGGAUAAAUCGAAUACAACAAUUAAUAGGCAAUGGCUGUUUAAUCAACUUAUUUCUAAGGACAUUUUAAGUAAGUUUAUAGUACAUGCUUCAUGUAUUUAUAAUAAUGAUUCACUUUCAAUUAUAUGUGGUGAUAUGAUUUCAUGUAAUUGUAGCUUUCUUUUAUCACUAGGUCAUAAAAAAAUAAUCGAUUUCUCCACUCGUUCAGAUAAGCAUUCAGCCUUAGUUCUCAAUAAUAUGAAAAUAUAUAUGAAUCGUAAACAUGUUCCAUUUUUUGAUUCUGAUCAUUGUAUUAUUCGUGUUCUGCUUAAGGCAUAUGACAAACUUCAAAAGAGUACACUCUGAUUUUAGACAAAGAAAGUUAAAUACAGGAAUUGCUCAGAAUAAAAUAUCCAUGAUCUGCAAAAAAACAUGUUGGCAUUUAUUCACAAAUGACUCAAUGGCAAACACCACUAAUGUUGUCACUUAUUAUCCCAUUGAAUCUAUUUUUGUAAGUUUUGAUCGACCUAUAUCCUCACAACUAAGACGAUUACGAGGGAAAAAAUACAGAAAAAUGUGCAAGGAGC